AUGGCUGGGUUAGGUAGUGGUGAGUUGAGAGCGCCGAUCUUCAACAGCGAUAACUAUGAAUUUUGGAGUAUAAGGAUGAAAAUCAUAUUCAAGUCUCAUGGGUUGUGGGAUUUGGUUGAAAAAGGGUUCGACAACACAUAUUUGAAGAAGGUUGAUGAAUUCGAUGCAAAGAAGAAAGAAAAAGAAGAAUCAAGUGGUGCUGGGAAGAUGACUCUCACAGAGGUACUCAAGAAGGAUGCUAAGGCUAUAUGA